UUUCCCCAGCGAGAACAGGUCUCGAAACGAAUAUCCGAAUAUAGAGAGGAGCAAGGCUAUGCAAUGGCAUGGAGGAUAACUAAUAUAACGGACACAAAUCAUUAAAUGGCUCGUCUUCGGUCUAAUCCCAUUGCUCUUUGAAGGGGCAGCAUUGUAUUCAGCUCCACCUCUGACCUUUUCUUUUCGUCACUGGCUAUGGCGAUGCUUUCUGUGCCUUUUUCUUCUCUUCCUACUCUCAAUCUCCGCCGAGUCAACCGAUCCUCCGGCAUGGCAUUUGCAAGUGCAAACAAAGAAACUGGGACUGUAGGAGUAAGAGUCACUGAAGGUGAAGGUAGCCUACCAAAGGUUGUCCUCACUUCCCCUCAUGGUAGUGAGGCAGAGAUAUAUUUAUUUGGAGGUUGCAUCACCUCUUGGAAAGUUCCCAGUGGCAGGGAUCUCCUUUUUGUUAGACCAGAUGCUGUAUUUAACAAGAAAAAACCAAUCAGUGGAGGCAUUCCACAUUGUUUCCCGCAGUUUGGACCUGGUACUAUUCAGCAGCAUGGAUUUGCAAGGAAUAUGGAUUGGUCCAUUGUUGAUUCUGAAAAUGUAGAGGGUAAUCCUGUUGUGACUCUCAUACUUAAGGAUGGUCCUUACAGUCGUGCUAUGUGGGACUUUGGAUUCCAGGCUUUGUACAAGGUCAUUCUUAAUGCAAAGAGUAUUUCCACAGAACUAAAGAUUACAAAUACGGAUACCAAGCCUUUUUCAUUUACUACUGCUCUACAUACAUAUUUCAGUGCUUCUGUGACUGGGGCAUCUGUGAGAGGUUUGAAAGGUUGCAAAACACUCAAUAAAGAUCCAGAUCCCACCAAUCCAAUAGAAGGCAAAGAGGAAAGGGAUGUGGUCACUUUCCCUGGAUUUGUAGACUGCAUUUACCUUGAUGCCUCUGAUGAGCUGUACCUUGAUAAUGGCUUGGGUGAUGUAAUAACCAUCAAGAAUACAAAUUGGUCAGAUACUGUACUAUGGAAUCCACAUCUACAGAUGGAAGCAUGUUACAAAGAUUUUGUUUGCGUUGAAAAUGCCAAGAUUGGAAAUGUCAAGCUAGAACCUGAGCAGUCCUGGACAGGCCAGCAGCAUGUUAGUGUUGGUUGAAGGGUAGCUGCUAUGUACGUUGUUUAUAGAACAGUACCAUCUCUUUAUUUUUCAUUUGAUUCCCCUUCCAGUUUUGCUAAAGCUUUCCAUUAUUAGCAAUAAAUCAGGAUGGUUCAAUCUCCUUUGUAAUGUCAUUUCAAGUUUAUGUUAAUUUCAAAUGACAAUUCUAUACAUUGAUUUUACAGUUUACAUAAUGUUGUUAC